AUGGGCGGGCUGUUUCUUCUUCUGGCGCUCUGCGCCGUCAUGACAUUUGCAUCAUUUCUCGCCGGCGCUCUUCCUUUGUCCAUGACCCUCUCGCAGUCGCAGCUACGGCUCAUAUCCAGUAUAGGCGUCGGCAUUCUCGUCGGCACCUCGCUUAUUGUCAUCAUCCCCGAAGGCGUCGAGGCCAUUGCGAACCCGAUGCUUAACCCGCCCGGCUCGGUCGCCGCAAGCCCCAAACACAAUGCACGACUCAUGUCCUUGCUCAGCAGCCGGUCCGUUCCUGAAGCGACAAUUGUCGCUGCUCGCUCAGUCAAUGGCGACAAUGCGCUCGGCGACAUCCUCGGUCUCCGCAGUGCCGACAACCGUGCGAUCCACGCGGCAGUGGUACGGUCCUCCGCCAAGGCGUCGAGCCGAGACGACGAAGAAAUGCCUGGUGGCACGGCACCCGGAACGGGCGGCGGCGACGGCGAGACCUCCACAGAUCCGAAAAAGCACCAUCAAGGCGUUGGCAAGUCCAAGCAGAAGCAGGAGGGUGCUGCCGCGCCGGCUGCGACGGACGAACCGCGGUCCCUGCCGACGUUUUUUAUUGGCUUCGCCCUCGUCACGGGCUUCGUGCUCAUGUUCCUCAUUGAUCGCCUGCCGCGCCACGCUGUCGACAAGCUGCAGUCGGGCCCCGCCACGCGCCACAUCAGCCUCGACAACCUGGCCUCGUCAAGCGUGGCUGGCGACAACGACGAGGGCUUCGAGGAGGAAGGGUUCCUGGGAUCGCUGACACCGACGCCGCGGCAGUCGCGCGGCCUGGCAACAACAGUCGGUCUCGUGAUCCACGCGGCCGCCGACGGCAUUGCCAUGGGUGCAUCGGCGACGACCGAGGACAUGAAGCUGGGGCUGGUGAUCUUUGUGGCCAUCAUGGUGCACAAGGCGCCCGCGGCGUUUGGUCUGACGUCGGUGCUGCUGAAGCACGGGCUGUCGAAACGGGCCGCCCGGGGCCACCUCGUGGUGUUCAGUCUGGCGGCGCCGUUUGGUGCGCUGGGGACAUACAUCCUGAUCACGCUGCUGGGCGGCGGCAAUAUGGAGGGCGAGCGCGGGCAGUGGUGGACGGGCAUGCUCCUGCUUUUCUCGGCAGGCACUUUCCUAUACGUGGCUAUGCAGGCAAUGCAGGAGGAGACCGGUGCGCACGACCACCACUCGCUCGGCAAUGGCUACGCUGACGCCGCGACCCUGGCGGCACAGCGCAAACAGAGCCGGCCGCAGAUGCGUGACACGCUGGCUACCAUCGCCGGCAUGCUGCUGCCGUUGCUGACGCAGUUUGGUCACCACCACUAG